CGGCUUGAUAUGCUAGUUUUAGGCGCUCCGUGCGUCAGGCAGUGUCCUAAUUGGACAAACUGUGUCACAUACGUUGGGUCUUGGGGGUUGGAACGCAGUGAGUGUACGGCGUGGGGCUAAGAAAUUGCAUUCGUUAGUGUAUCGUUUUGCUGCCGUUCUGAAUGAAAUAAAACAGUGCAAGUAACUUAAUAGAAUGGUGCGUAUUUUUAAAUUUACUUUAGAAUUACGAUGUGCAUCAGCGCUACCAUUGUCAUUGUUGAAGACUGCUCAGAAUCACCCUAUGCUGGUGGAAUUGAAGAAUGGUGAAACAUACAAUGGUCAUCUUGUAAGCUGUGAUAACUGGAUGAAUAUUAACCUGCGAGAAGUCAUCUGUACUUCUAGGGAUGGUGAUAAGUUUUGGAGGAUGCCAGAGUGUUACAUUCGAGGCAGUACUAUAAAAUACUUGCGGAUACCAGAUGAAAUUAUCGAUAUGGUUAAAGAGGAGGUCAUCUCAAAGGGCAGAGGUCGUGGUGGCAUGCAGCAGCAGAAACAGCAGCAGAAGGGACGAGGUGGUGGGUCAGCUGGCAGAGGAGUGUUUGGAGGACGUGGACGAGGAAUGCCAGGUGGUGGACGAGGGCAACCAGAGAAGAAACCAGGAAGACCUUCUAUGAAGCAUUAACGCAUGGCACUGAGACGGGGAUGUUUAUUUUCAAAGACCACAGAGUUGGACUUAACCACACCUUUUUUAAAUAUCCGCUUUUUAUUUGUGUGUAAACUUCAUUUGGCCCUCCAAAUGAAAGAGCCUUGUAUACUUUACUAAAGCUGGUGCUCCGGGGCUUCUUGAACAGCUUUGUUUUUAAUUGUUGAAGUGUGUUGUCAUCUUCCCCUUCUUUUUGAAUAUGCAGUGCCUGUUUGUAAAUAUUUUUUUUUCAAUUGAACAUAGCCUAUUUAUAAAUAUUUUGAGUUUGGGAGGAGGGCAAAACAUGCCUUUGCCUGGGUCUGAUACCCAGAUUUUUCUGUGUUAAAGAGCACUGUUUUUUUCAUGUAAUCUGCAAAGUUGCAGGUCAUUUUAUAAGUUCAUUUUGUAGUGUUUUCAUAUUGUAUGUUGCCUAAUUGUUCUGUUAGCACAGCUUCGCAGUUUUGCCGGUGCAAACUUUUUUCUUUAUAGCUUCUCACUUGUAACAGCAUUUCUGCAUUUUUCUGAGGUGCAGUCUCCUGCUGACUAGGAGGAAGAAUUGGUUCAUCUGGUAUCACCACCAUCAUAACCUAUUUAUGUUGCUCUUCCUCUGCAUGUGAUGUCACUUGUUAGCCUUUUUUCCAUUGCAGUUUACAACUCCUAUGAAGGUAAUUGGUAGCACUACAGGGGAAACAAAGCCUCUCAUUAUUCCAGCUUGUUUUAGUAUCAUUUUCUGUCAGUCAUGUUCUGGACAGCUCCCCUCAGUUGUCACUUUGGCAUGAUUUUUCCCCUCAGUGUAAGACUUGACAUUUUUUUUGUUUCAUUUCAGCCAUAAUUAAGACAUUAGUUUUGAAGGAACUGAUGUUUUGCUAUUGUAGUAAAAAAAUUUUUAACAUUGUAUUUGUUUUCUGUGUAGUGUUUUGUUUCUGUGCAGUAACAGUAGUAAGUAGACUGCUGUUUGGUAGAACAAGAACACAAAUUACUGCAUUUUCUUAACUCUACUGUGGAGCAGAUUAGAAAAAAAUCUUGGUUGACUUUUGUGUAUGUCUGAAGAAGCAAGACACGUUACUUUUGAGUUGAAAAUGACGAUCAUUAUUUACAUCUGCCCUAAAUUUUGGAUAAAAGAGUAAGCUUUUUAAUGCUACAACCUGUUACUUCAUGUUGCAGUGGUGUUUUUGAGCCAUAAAGUGAAAAUAGUUUGAAUGUUGACAGUUUGUAAAUUAAAUAAAACUGGGACACACACACAAA